GGGAGGAGCCCCAAGCUUUGAUGGCUCUCAAACUCUGAAAAGAGAGUUCCCAUGCUGUAGAUGGAAAGAGCAGAGAGCGGAAAAGCCUGUAAAGAAGACAGGGCUCCCACCAGGCAUUGCUUGUAGAAGAAACCAGAAACCAUGAACUGGUCUGGCUUGGAAGACCUCUUGGGCGGGGUGAACAAAUAUUCCACAGCCUUCGGACGCAUCUGGCUUUCAGUGGUCUUUAUCUUCCGGCUGCUCGUCUACUUAGUGGCAGCUGAGAAAGUUUGGGGAGAUGACCAUAAGGAGUUUGACUGCAACACUGAGCAGCCCGGGUGCCCCAACGUCUGCUAUGAUCUUUACUUCCCAAUCUCCCAUAUCCGCCUCUGGGCUCUGCAGCUCAUCCUAGUGACCUGUCCUUCCUUGCUGGUCAUCAUGCACGUUGCCUACCGGGAAGCCAAAUUGAAGAAACGUUUGGAGAAGGUUGGACCUGAGUGUAGGCCGCAUUAUCCCCCGGGCAAGAAGCGUGGGGGCUUGUGGUGGACCUAUCUCUUCAGUCUUUUAGCCAAGGCCUCUGUGGACAUUAUAUUCCUCUAUAUCUUUUACCAUGUCUACCCAAACUACAGGCUUCCCAAUCUGGUGAAAUGUCCCCUCCCACCUUGUCCCAACGUUGUAGACUGCUACAUAGCUAGGCCGACAGAGAAGAACAUCUUCACCCUUUUCAUGAUCAUUUCGGCCUGCGUUUGUGUCCUCCUCAGCCUCGUUGAAGCCUUCUAUCUCGUUAUGAAGAGGUGUAAGGAGAAACUUGAAGACAGAAGUGACAGCCACCGAAGAUAUGAUGGCGAGGUGCUCAUCCUCAACAAGGACCCUUGCGCCCUGCCUCCCAGUAAACAUGAUGCCAUUGAAAUGGCUGCUCAGGUUUUCCAUGGGGCUGAUUACAAACCUGUCACCUCCCCGCUCACAAGCAACUCCCAAUGUGGGGAGCUGGAACCCUUAAAACAUGGGAAGCUAGGGUAACUACUCCAGUAAGUGGGAUGGAGACCUUUCUGCAGGAUCCAAAAUGGCUUCAUUUUCAUAACAGUACUUUCUGUUAGUCAGGACAUGGAUGUGAUGUGAGAGACAGAGGGGGGGUGGUAGAUCAGUGAAAAGAAGAAGAACAUUCAUCCAAGGUCUAGCUCCAACUCUGUUGGCCUAUGUCCAACACCCACCCAGCAGAUGCUCUUCCAUUUUCUAAUGGCCAUAUUUGAUCUAAGGGUCAAAUACAAGUGAGACAUGAUUCCAGAAAAAUGUUGCAGUGUGAACUGCUCCUAUUUAGUAUUCCAGUCAGGCAGAUAUGCCCUCCUCCAGCUUACUCCAAUGCAUUCUCUCUCCCAUCUGGUUUUCUGUUCUUUUCCCAACCUUCACUCGGCAAUCUAUGGCUAAUGAGCAUGCUCAGUCUUCA